GAGAACACGACUCGAUGAAUCCUUGAAAGUGGUGUGAAGUAGAUAACGGUAUCUGUGCUACAAAAUUAUUUCAUGAAGAAAAAUCAGAAGUACGACCUCUUUCUUAGACCUAUUUCUCAAACUCGUGAUUUCACGUCACGGUAUGCGUCUAUGGGUGUUCCAUGUACUUAGUUGAUAUAAUCAGUUACAAGUAACUUAUAAUAAAGGCAAUUCACAUAGUAAAUCGGAUGUUUAGUAACACGCGAGCACCGGCAGACAGUUAGAGCUGGUAGUAGCAUAUCCUUAUGUUAUUACAAAUCCAGUUAUCGUGACUGGCGCGCAUCCUUAAAGGUUAGGAUAAUGAGCGAGCGUUUUCCUCAGUUUCUAAUGCCCUUGAAAUGAUUUUUCCACGUAUUGUGCUCCUUGGCUGCCUUAUAGGAGGUUGUAGGUCGACGGCGACGUAAAUAACAAACAAUCGAACACAAAUAAAGUUUUACGAGAUGCCGACAAGACGGCUUAACUUAACAAAACUAACGUUGGCCAUUGUGCUAACAUUUGCAAAAUACUAAGAGUUCAGUUGCUUAGUAUUGUUUGUGAAUACGGUUCGUGUCGUUAUUAAUUUUGUCAAAAACAAAACAAUACCGUGCCCUAUUGUGGCCGCAGUCGCAACGUCGAAACAAAAGCUAAACAAACAUACUGGAGGCUCACGUGAGAUGUUAUGAGUAAACAGACCGAGCAUUACUAAGUAUAAAUUAUUCGUCAACUGAUAAUAUACAAAGAAGUAAAGAUGCAGUGGUCUUGGAGACAAGCGGGUUUCUGCAUCACGGGAAUCCUCGGAAGUGAGAAGAAUGAGUCUUCCGAGCCAUUCACGAGGUCCUGUUGCGGCAGGGUGUCUCCGUUGUACUGGAGGGUGCCCAUCCUCGUGUGGGCGCUGUUCGUGCUCAUCUGGUCGAUGUCGUUCUUCUGGGGCCCGACACAGAUGUUCUUCCUGUACAUGACACAUUGGGGGCUGGCAUUCAUUGUACUGGAGUCGUCGUUCGGAAUAUUCGUGGCCAUAGGACGCAGAGGUUUGACAGACGCCACGUUCGGCCUGCCAUGGUACGUGAAGACAUACUGGAUCCUGUACAACAUCACGAUUCCUGUCUCCUUCCUCAUCACGGUCUUCUACUGGGGAAUUCUGAAGACUUCUGCGAACACGGUGAACUUUGCACCGAAUCCGGUGCUGGACAUCAUGCUGCACGGAGUCAACUCGGCGGUGAUGCUGGUGGAGCUGGUCUGCUCAGCACACCCCAGCCGACUGAUGCACGUGAUGCAGCCACUGUACUUCGCCGGAGCCUACAUGCUCUUCAGUGUCAUCUACUUCUUCGCUGGCGGACUGGACCCAUGGGGUAACCCGUUCAUCUACCCGGUGGUGGACUGGUCGAAGCCUGAGCAGACGAUGGUGGUGAUCACACUGACGGCGUUGUUCCUGGCGCUGAUGCAUGUGCUGACUGUUGGCAUAGCGACCGCCCGGGAUGCCAUCGCCAAGAGACGCGACGCGUUAACCACUGGAGUCUACAACGAUGCUUUCACACCUUGACAAGCUAUGGCGGAUUAAGUGUGCAAGAAGCCCGUAGCAAGGUUUAUUGGGAUACCGAAAAUAGAUUAAGGCUGGACUGAGUUUUGCUAUGCGAACCCUCUUAUGGCGGGGAUCCUCUUAAGGUCGGGUCCCCCUUUUGUUGGUGCUCAGUUUUGCUGAGAUUUUUGCUCAGAACUUAUUUUGCGUUGCCCUUAACAAUUGGUACUCUUGCUACGUGGUUUAUCCAGCACUAUUGAUUAGUGUUGACGAAAUGUGUAUAACAGUUCCAUUCACUAGAAGUGAGCCUUCUAGUAUCGGCCAUGACACCUACCACUGCCAAGGAUAGGCUGCAACUCCCCUUGGGAAGGGAGUGAUUGUGAAUAAACUGUUCUGGGUUCAGGUGUGUAGUGUAUACAAAUGUGAUAUUAUUUAACGAAAUCUUACCUAUCUAUGGUACAGAGGUAAGCAGAUCAACCUACACAGACAGUUGAAUAAAUCUUCAACUUUAUUUCUUUUGUAACUAAGUCGAAAAUCGUUUGAAGAAAGUUGGAGUAGGUUGAUGUGCUGACGUCUAUACUAUUCAAACAACCGAUGUACUUUAGGAGCGCUAAACAUUUUUUGUAAACGAAAGUUAUUUGUACAUAUUUAACGUAGCAAAAGAUGAUCUUUGAGUAUAAGUUUAUACUUUUAUUAAUAGUAAAAUAUUAUAUUUUACUUUAAUGUCAAAGCGCACUGUGAUUUUAGUUUUUAAGGUGUUGUAAGUACCUAGCUGUAUUUUCUUUUAUAGAAAGGGUUUGUACAUAAGAAAGCACAGGGAUUUAAUCUCUUUACAAUGUGUUAUUAAAAUGUAUUCGUAAAUAAACGUUUCUAUGUA